UGCCUAGGGUAGGGUGGGGUGUUUCCCUUCUCAGGGCCUGUCCGUUUCUACUGGGAACCUGGGAUCCAGCGCUUCCAGAUUCACUCUUGGCCCGUCGCAGGUGGGGGCCCACCCGGCAGUGCUCACUACUGCCUGGGUCAGCUUCACUAUGCCCACGGCCUGGAGCUUCCGCCCACACGCCACUUUCUGAGCCAGAAGCUCCCAUAGGAAGCCCACUUCUCAUUCAGACUGCCUAGGGGAAUGCCUGGGAUUGGGGCCAAGUUUAUGUAGAUUGCCGGGGCGGGGAGGGGGGAGGAUUCUGAGUCCGUUCCUUUCUCUACGGUAAUCCACUGUUCUGGCGUCAUCCUCCAGUCACACCACCACUUCCCCUUGCUGCUUGUGAACAGCUCCAUGGACUCAUUCUGCCCAUUCUAUUUUGCUUCAGUCCCUUUGCACAUGCCUUCCCUGCUGCCUUUAGCGCCCUCCCUACCUCCAUCCUCUUGGCCUAGUUAGCUCCCUUGGGAAGUGACUCAUCAUUAAACCAGAGUUUCCUAGUUUAAAUGCUUUCAGAGUUUUCUUGCACUGGGGCAUGGUCAUGGUUGUGAUGUUGUGUUUGUAUCGUUAACCCUUUAGACUGUGCUUCAUGAUGGGAAAGUUCUCAAGCGUUGUGCGCUGCUACAUCCCCAUUGCUUAGUCUAGCACUUACCACGUGUGGCAACCACCCCUUCUGUGUCUGGAGUGAUUCCCACACACCACACACUCGGAAAGAUGAAGCUUUGGUGGGGAGUGGGGGAAGAUACUUAAGUGCUGUGGUUAUGUUGGUUCCACCUUAUGUCCUUGCUAAUGAACAUCUGGGGUUAAAGGUAAAGGAUUGGAGAACACAGUACCCUCUCAGUUAGCCAGGAAGUCAGGGCUAGGGGUCCUCCAGUACCCUGACCUCUGAUCCUUUCAUAACUGCCAACAGGUCUCAUCCAGGACACAUGGAUGCCCAUCCACCGAGCCUCAUGGUAGGAGUGUGACUGCCUCCGUUCCCUCACUUGCUCUGUGAGGGCCCCUACCUUUUCUUCUGAGAACCCACCCUGCCCACUGGGCCUUGGCCUAGACCCUCCAUUGGCCCCUUGUGGCCAUUCCCAAGCUCAGGCAAGCCCAUCCUCUGCCCAGACUGGGGCCCAUCUGAGGCUCUUGUGGGGGGAGGUUUGUAGGCCUGGCUCCUUCCCCCUCCUUCAUACUGCCAUUCUCCUUGAUUUUAGAGCCAAAGGGGCUUGGUGACUGUCUUGCCCAGCCCUGUGGUACAUGUGGCUGAGACACACCAUGAGGUGGAGCCAGGAUGGGGCUGGCACCCAGGUUUCCCUGGGGUGCUGGUGUAUGUUUUUUCAGGAGGCUGUGACGUUCGGUGAUGUGGCCGUGCACUUCUCGAGGGAGGAGUGGCAGUGUCUGGACCCUGGCCAGAGGGCCCUCUACAAGGAAGUAAUGCUGGAGAACCACAGCAGUGUGGCUGGACUAGCAGGAUUCCUGGUCUUCAAGCCUGAGCUGAUCUCCCGGUUGGAGCAGGGACAGGAGCCAUGGGUCCUUGACCUGAAGGGAGUCGAGGGGAGAGAGGUGGCAAGGACCUCCCUUACAGAUUCUGCAGUUGGGAUGGCAAGUGAGCAGGCCUGUGAGGACGUGGAUGCUCUAAAAUCGGAACCCCGUGUGGCCAUGGUCAGAAGCUCCCCACAAGGUUUUCCUCAGAGUUCUGGCUUUAGAGACACCUCUGAUUCUGAGGUCUGGUCAGAGAGUAAGCCAAGCUCCCUCCUCCAGAAAAACUGCUUGAACACUGGCACUGUGGCUCCCAGGAAGACCUUCGCCAAGGAGGGUGCCCAGGGACGUGGCGAGCCGGAGGGCAUUGGCGUACUGGGUUGUCACCCUGACAAAAGUAAGGGAGGUGCCGCAGAAGGGACAUCCCGAAGAUGUGAUAUGUGUGGCAGGAGUUUCAGGUCGACUCCGGACAUUGCUCUGCAUCAGGAAAUUAAUACACCGAAGAAACCUAACAGAUGUCCAGAGUGUAAAAAAAAAUUACCUGAUUGCUUGCAGGGGAAACCUCGAAGUAACUGCCAUGGAGAGAAGCCGUAUGAAUGUGAGGAAUGUGGGAAAGUCUUCAGGUUGUGCUCGCAGCUUAAUCAGCAUCAGAGAAUCCACACUGGAGAGAAGCCAUUCAAAUGCAUCGAGUGUGGAAAAGCUUUUCGUCUGAGCUCCAAACUUAUUCAGCAUCAAAGAAUUCAUACUGGAGAGAAGCCUUACAGGUGUGAGGAGUGUGGAAAGGCCUUUGGUCAGAGCUCCAGCCUCAUCCACCACCAGAGGGUCCACACGGGAGAGAGGCCCUAUGGCUGUCGGGAGUGUGGGAAGGCCUUCAGCCAACAGUCUCAGCUGGUCAGACACCAGAGGACCCACACUGGAGAGAGGCCCUACCAGUGCCAGGAGUGUGGGAAGGCCUUUAGCCAGAGCUCAACCCUGGCUCAACACCAGCGGAUGCAUGCCGGGGAGAAGCCUCAACUUCCAAGAAGCCCAGGUAGUCCCAGCCACGUUGCCCAUCAGAGAAUCCACGCUACAGAGAAACCGUUCAAGUGUGAUGAGUGUGGGAAGGCCUUCAGGUGGGUGUCUCGCCUUAGUCAGCAUCAGCUGACCCACACUGGAGAGAAACCUUACAAAUGCAACAAGUGUGCAAAAGCCUUUGGUUGUAGCUCACGGCUUAUUCGCCACCAGCGAACUCACACUGGAGAAAAACCAUUCAAGUGUGAUGAGUGUGGGAAAGGCUUUGUCCAGGGCUCACACCUAAUUCAGCACCAGAGAAUUCACACCGGAGAGAAACCCUACGAGUGUAGUGACUGUGGAAAAGCCUUCAGCCAGAGUUCAAGUCUCAUUUACCAUCAGAGAAUCCAUAAGGGAGAGAAGCCCUACGAGUGUGUCGAAUGUGGAAAGGCUUUCAGUAUGAGCACACAGCUCACAAUACAUCAAAGGGUCCACACUGGGGAGAGACCCUAUAAGUGUACCGAAUGUGGGAAGGCCUUCAGUCAAAACUCAACCCUUUUCCAACACCAGAUAAUUCAUGCAGGAGUGAAGCCGUAUGGAUGUAGUGAGUGUGGGAAAGCCUUCAGCCGGAGUUCCUAUCUUAUUGAGCACCAGAGGAUCCACACUCGUGCCCAGUGGUAUCAUGAAUAUGGGAAUACCCUGGAAGCUUCUACCCAUGUGAGCCGUAGAAAAGUCAGCACUGUAAAGAAACUGCAUAAAUGUAACGAAUGUGAGAAAAUAUUCAGGUGGCGCUCACAUCUAAUCAUUCAUCAGAGAAUUCACACUGGAGAGAAACCUUACAAAUGUAACGAAUGUGGCAAAGCUUUUAAUCGGAGCUCACGGCUUACUCAGCAUCAGAAAAUUCACAUGGGAUAGACCACCUGUCUUUAUAAAUGUGUAUAAAUGUGAAUAAACCUGCAGCCUUAACCUUAACGUAUUUUAUAUGGGAUCAUUUAUACUGACAAGAAUUUAGAAUGUGGGGAUAGAUUCAGAAUUGCUCCCUUAAGAAAGAAAAUGUCCGAAUUCGUACAAAGUGGAUAUAUCUUUGCUGCAACGUGUGACCUCAUCCCGCGCAGCAAAGCCUGUGUCCCUCAAGCCAGGGCGCACAGGUGUAGACUUUCGAGUUCACAGAAGAAAGACGCCACAUCCCGCGGAUGAGGAAGUGUCAUGGGGAAAGGCCCAUGAGCCCUGCCACACAAGUAGCUGAGAAGUUGCCCAAAGCGUCUUCCCUUAGCAGUUCCUUAGUCAGUUCCUCAGACUGGCUUCAGCAGUAAGGAUGUGUUAGCUUGUGCUAGUGGAAGCCCAGAGGAAGCUGCCUUCUUCACCUGACUCCUUUUCCUCCAACUCCAUCCCCAUCAGAGCAACCCGGGGCUACAGCCAGAGGGCCUGGCACCAGCCUCUUCAGACAGGAGCUUGGAUCAGUGCAGGCACUCCAGGAGUAGCACCUGCACCCAGGGACCUGCUCUGUGACUCUGGAUGCCACUGUUCUCCAUGAAAUCCAGAGUCUGUCUGCUUAUCUGAGCAUCGUUACAGGGUGACCAUAAGAACUGAAUGUGGGAGAGCUCCCUGCUCCCACACUGAGACCCCGAGCCAGCAUCUCUAGCGGAACCCAGGGCAGACCUGGCCUCAGCACUGCAGAAACCGCUCGUGUGAGCCCAGCGGAGCUACCCGGAGGCCAGGCUGCUUGCCAGACUCCCCAGAACUGCUCCUGCCACACAAACUGCCAGAACCAGGAGGGUCUGCGAGCUGCAUGUGAGCCCAUUGCCUUUUCCCGGAUGCUGGUGGAGGUGGAGACAGACUGCUGACCCGCAGAAUGAGGCUAACAGUGUUGAUGGUGGCCCCGUCCUCAGGGUCCUGGCCCUGCCAACUGUGAAAAAGUUCCAGGGGACCAGAAGUCUUAGACUGGCUACUACCCACGACCACUCACUCGAGACCUGCCGAUCUUUGGUGUCAUUGACAGUUAUCGGAGGGGUGAAAUUUGGGCCAGGGACCCCUCCCCCUUGUCCCAAUGGAGAGGCCCAUUUCUCCCACAUACAGAAAGGUAACCCAGAGGGACACAGGUCAGUCACUUCAGGAUUUAUUGCAACACUUGAUUUGGGUCACCAUCACCUGGUAUGGUUAAGCCUGUGGGUAGGUCCUUGAGACACAGCCUCAAUGGCCAUGUGUGGUAUGGCCCACCAGCAGGUUCUGGAUUUGUAUUAGGUGAAAAUCAGGCUGGCUGAUCCCUCUGUUUGCAUUGGGAAUUCCCCAACUUUCUGGCAUUAGGAACAGCAGAGUUCAGGAUGGUCAAGUCUGUGUGUUUGUGUUUCUAAUACAUGGACAGGGAUCUCGGUCCCACAGCAGGUCAGCCCAGUUGCCACCCACUGCUGCUCAGCCAGGCACAACGCGUGAUAUGUUCUUAGGCCACAGUGCUAGUCCUAGGAGUGAAGAUUGUCCCCCUGGCCUGUACCGCCCCCUUGGAAGUGGUGUUCCCAGCCCAGGUGUCAGGACGCCAUGAAAUCAUUGUGCCCAUUUCAGUGGCUGUAACCGCCUCUCCACCUGUACCUACUGCACCCAGAAGUGUGUCCAAGAGGGUCAUUGUCAGAGGACCAGGGACUUUUCGUGGGCUCACGUGCCUUAGGAAGGCAGUUUGGUCACUGAAUGUGCCAUUCCCAGAAAGGAAACCUGUCUCUGCCACUUCUGGGUAAUGAUGGGACAGAGGGGUGGAAAGAUACAUGAACUCUUCCAGAUUCCAGCCUGAGCAUGGUGCUUUCUGUCUUCUAACAGCAACCACAGGCCAGCUGAAAAGGGCCAGAGGAUUCAACCUAAAUCUUCUUUACCUGGAUUCUCUCUUUGGAUUGAUACGGUUCUAGAUCAGGAGCUGACAGAUUAUAGCGUAUGGGCAAAAUGCAGUUUGCUGUCUGUUUAUGCAGCCUGUGAAAAUAUGUACGAGGCCAUUAGACUGGGCGACUCUCAUGCCUUGGGAACUACACAAGCAGAUCAAAAGCUAAGCCAGAGUCCGUUCCUGUAAAUGCACUCCUAUCUGAGAAAAUGAAAUUUAAGAACACCUAAUCACAGUCAACUAGAAUUCCCCAAAUAAGGCACCUGCUUAAGCCAUAACCAGUCACACAGUUUCCCAGUUUUGCUCCUGCGUCUAUAAACACCUCUCCCUUUUCUCCUGCCAGCACAGCACUCCUGAUGUUUCAGUGUGGUCCUGCCUGGCUCCAGGCAGUGUUUGUUCAAACAUCAACUCUUCAAAAAUUUAAUGUACCUCAGUUUACCUCUUAAAAGGCCUAAAAGCUAAGAAGCGUUUUUACAUUUUUAAAUGGGAAAAAUGACUAUUUUAUGACGUUUGAAAAGUAUGUUGAAAUCACAUUUCAGUGUGACCAAAUAAAGUUUAUUGGAACAGAGCUGGCCCUUCUGUGUGCAGGCUGGCUCUGCCCACUCUUGUAUUCAAGGGCCAAGUUCACACUUGCUGGUCUUGCCUUGUUAACUUGGGUAAAAUCUUCAUGCCCUCCAACCUUUGAGGAAUUACUUUUCCUCUCAACUCUUAGUGCGGUUUGUUCAUAUAAAUGUCCCAAUACAACCAGGAAUUCGAUAGAAACCACUCUAGAGUUUACAUUCCAGUCUAGAGCCUCCCCUGCACGAGUGUAGGGUGAGGAGUCCUUAGCUGCAUCCACGUGAGACAUGGGACACUGGCCUGCCCGGCAAGACUUUGUGAAAUCAAGCUGCCUCAGCACCUAAAAUGCCUGGAGCCCUUGAAGAGCGUCUGUGCGUGUCCUGUGAGCUGGUGGCCCUUUGGCAGAGGGGGUGGAGGAGGGCCACCUGUGGGAUAGUGCAAGGUUUUGGGCAUUCUGUUCUACUUUAAAAGGUAUUUUCCAACAUGGGCUUCAGUAGAUGUAACAGUGAACGUUUUUAAGACUACCCAGAACUCUAUUUCAGAGUAGAUAUUAAAAUACCUUGGAUUUUUUUUUUUUUUUUUUGAAGCAAUAAGCCCAUAAUUUUGACUUGAAACUACUUUUUGCUCAAUCAGGCUAAGCUUUGAUUCAUGACAUUGGAUUGGAACCACCAAGCUUCCUGGAAGCUUCACAAAGGUGUGGGGGGUGCAGAGCCCAGGUGAGUUUACGCAGUGUGCGUGGCGUGCACUCAGAACCUAGGAAAUUUUUGUCGCACGAAUGAAUGCUGCAUUUGGGGAGCUUUGAGGUUGGGAUGUUAGACACUGUCAGAAGAGGAAAUGCACGAGCAUCAAGAGUUUCCACAGAGGGACACCUGGCUGGCUCAGUCAGUGGAGCAUGCAGCUCUUGAUGUCGGGGUCGUGAUUCAAGCCCCAUGCAUGUUGAGUGUAGAGAUUAUUUUUGAAAACUCUUUUCACAGAGAUCUAAAUAAGAUCAAGAAAAUGGAAAAGGGAAAUUUUUCCAAGUACAAGUGUCCAUUCUCUGUACAAGACCUUGUGCAGGCUGGAGACAAAGGUGGACCUCAAGGCCUGUGAGUGGUAAGGACUGACUACAGAUGAGGGUAGACAGUUGCUCUGUAGCCUAGGGGAGUCCUUUGGGCACACAGGAUCCACCCACCCCAGCCUGGCUGGGUUGAGGGCCGUAUGGCAGAGCCACCUGCCACCUAGUUUUGCAUGUCCCCAGAGACUAACAAUGGUUUUUAAAUGCUUGAAAACAAGAUGAUUUUGUGACCUAUGAAAUUAAAAUUUCAGUGCCAGUAAGAAA